UCCCUUUUUACCACAUCUCUUUGACGUUAUGUUAUAUAUUGUUCAUAACAGUUUAUUUGUUGCAUCCAAAAUAUGUUUAUACGUAACGAGGUACAUUUAUAUAUGCAUAGUUCUUGAUAACUAACUAACUGUUCCCGCUCAAACCCCCAGUCCUUCGCAUCCCAAGAUUACCCUCAUCAUAAGCCCACGUAUCCAAAAACCGGAGGGUAUUUAAGUAACUUCGUCACAGUUAGAGCAAUUAGAGUUCAUAUGCUUUUUAUAUCCAAUCAAAAGACAGGCAACUGUCUUUCUUUUACUGGCUUCGUCUACCGUCUGAUUCCAGAAUGCACAUAUCCAACGGUGGACGAUUCCCGUAGAGGAGAAGAGAAAGAAAAGUGAAGCGCGCUCACUAUCUGUUAUAUUCCCGCAUCGCUGCCGGACUUCCCUAGUCACCAAUAUUCGUUCUCUCUUUUCGACGUUGCGAUGAGGGGACAGGCGGAGGUGGUGGCGACGGCGGUAGUUGUGGUGGUGGUGGUGGUGGUGGGGAUGAUUAGAGGGUCGGAGAAGGAGGUGACGUGGUGCGUCGCGCGGAGUGAGGCGGGGGCGAUGGCGCUGGAGGCGGCGAUGGACCAAGUGUGCGGGUCCGGGGUCGUGGACUGCUCGCCGGUGCAGCCCAACGGCCUCUGCUACCUCCCCAACACGCUGCCCUCCCACGCCUCCUACGCCUUCAACAGCUACUACCAGCGCUCCAACGCCAACCCCGCCGCCUGCGACUUCCAUGGCACCGCCACCAUCACCAUCUCGAACCCCAGUUAUGGAUCCUGCACGUACCCUUCAUCCAUAAGCAGGAGGCUUAAUAAGUACACCAAACGCCGGUGGUGGUGAUGAUGUCGGUGACGGUGGUAGGCUGAAUCCUCCAGUGGUCGGUUCGACGGUGCCUGCUAUCGACAUGGCUGUUGCUUCUCAUUUGUGCCGCCCGCUUUUGCUAGUCAUGUGCCUCUGCUUCGUCUCACUGCUCUUCUGAAAGACUAGCUUAGGCCUCUUGACACCACAUUGUUGUAUCUGCCACUCUUUUGUUUGAGAAUUGAUAGGGUUGGUGAAACUGUGUUGAUCUUGCCACCUUCAAAGGCUUGUAGAAAGGAACAAGACAUCGGAUGUAGCAUCUUCUUUACUGUGCAACCUCUUUCUUUCUCGGAUGCAACUUUACGGAUUGUAAUCAUAAAUGUUAAAUAAAGAUAUUGUCUUGUACAAAAUUGAUCUCGGAUAGUUAAGACAUUAUAUGACUUAUCAAUAUA